AUGGUGUCUUUCUCCUGUGAGGCCUGCGGCGAUGUCCUAACUAAGAAGAAACUCGAUCCCCACCGCGGCCAAUGUCGAGGUGCCUCCUACACCUGCAUUGAUUGCAUGGUCCACUUCUACGGAACCGAGUAUAGAAGCCAUACGUCGUGUAUGACCGAGGAUCAAAAGUACCAAGGUGCGCUGUACAAAGAGAAGCCAGCCAAGGGCCAAAAGAAGGGUCAAAACACCCCAAACAACAAGAACGCAAACGGCAAACCCAAUGCGCGCCACCAGCAACCCCGUGUGGAAGAUGCAUCUGAGUCUGACCAUGUCAAAUUCGCCGAGGCUCCGCCCCCACCGGCACCUACUCCCCCACCUGCUGGCGAGGCCAAACCCACGGCUGACAGUAUGGCCAAAGCCGAAAAGCCCGUGAAUGUGUUUGAUUACCUGGUGACGGAUGAAACACCCAAUGCAUCCAAGGCCUCACUUGCCGGUCCCAAGGAGCAGAUGACCAUGGUCGCUGAGGCUCGCUCUUUGUUCGAACCCAGUACUGCGCUAGCCCAGCUGAAUGCGAAAUCUGACGAUGAAGGUAAUUACGAUAUUGCCUACGAAGAAAACGGCUUUUCUUAUGGCGCCGACCCUAUCCCCCUCACCCUAUAUCCCAACAAUGUCCCUAAUUAUUCGACAGAGUUCGUUACUCCAGCACCUAAGAAGAGAAAGGAUCGCCGCAAGGAGGAGAAGCGUGCCUCUGGCUCUGUUAGCGAGAAGAAGCGUAAGCGCGGACAAGAAGAGAGCUUCAAUAGCCCGCAGCAGGAAAUUGAUACUCCUAUGAUGGAUGCUCCAUCAAGUGUUAUUAACAAUGCUGGCACUCCGAUCCUCAACCACUCCGGUCUCACUGGCGGCUUGAAUCGAAUGAUGCGCUCACCCUCUCACGAAAUCGAUGAUACCCCAGCUCACGGUUCCCGCACCUACCAGGACGCCUCUUCCCCAAUCAAGCGCAGUAAGCGCAACGGCAAAGAAAUUCAUGGCAACGGUGACCCCGGCCUGGGAAUUUCGAUCAAAAAUCGUGCCGAGCGCCUAGUGUCCUCCAUGUUCGGAGGCACCGGCUCUGUAGCAUCGGCUAGCAGUGGGGGCAACGAGCAGGGUACACGUGCUAUUGUUCGAACCCGCCGCGGCAGUGAGUCCAGUGGCGACAUGCGGCUGGAGGUUCGCAAGAAGAAAUCCCACCGUUCGCGCACUGCAUCCGACAACCACACCGAGUCUCGCAAGUCGAAGCGUAAGAGCUCCAACCCCGCAGACGUCGAUCGACCAACUCGCCGCCUUAAGCAAGCCGACGAGUCGCCCCAGCGUGAUAGUCGCCAGGUCACUGUAUACAGACAUUCCAAGCCUCCCGCCCGGGCCGAUGAUGUCCUCCAACGUGAUAUGGCGGAUCACUUCCUCUCCCUCGUUUCUCGCGAUAGUGAGCGUGGCUGUUCUUUCCACAAGGCCCUGAAGCGUUUUCAUCGCGAUUUUGUUGAUGAGUAUGAUUUCCAUGACGAUCGAGAAAAUGGACAGAACAGUGCUAACAGUGACCUUCGCAGGGAGGAUGAAAGAGAUCUCUGGCGUGGACUGCGUCUGCGACGCAAUGACCGUGGAGAAAUUGUCGUAUUUGCUUAA